AACAAUUGAAGUACGGGAUAAUUUUGGAGCCAAGAAACAAUGGCAUUCGGUUAUAAAAUAGCAUCGUGUUCUAAAAAACAUCCGGAGGACUUAACGGGGAAGCCAAUUGGAGAAAAUCCCAUUUAUUCAUCGAUUUCGAUGUGGUAUUUCAGUGACGGGAAGUGAUUUUGAGAAUGAGACGAAACGUUGGCGUCCAAUCUCAAGUAGAUGACUCAGAUUAAACAAUAGAAUCACUCAAUAAUUGUGAAGUGGAGAAUAAAGAAGAAGUGUGUACCUUUGAAAGAAUCAAUUAACAAGUCAUGUUUCUGUGGAAUGUCGGAAAUUACAUAAAGAUUGUUUAAAAGUGUAAAAAAAAUGGUGAAAAAGUUGUGAUUACCGAAGUCGUGCAGAAUUCGAGGAAGUGAUCAUUGGCUGUUCGAUGUUUUAUCUUGAAAAUUGUGAAGUGAAUUUGUGUAAAAAUUGUGAAGUGAAUUUGUGCAAAAAUUGUGAAGUGACUUUGUGUAAAAAUUGUGAAGUGACUCUGUGUAAAAAUUGUGAGUGCUGAUGGGUAUUUCAUUCGAGUCAUGGGAUUAGGCAUGAGAAGCGGGCAGCUGUAGGCACGCAUUCCCUAGAAAGAGCUCCAGAUGGGCAUGAUAAAAUGCCUGGGACCAAUUGCUCCAUCUGCCCGUUUCCUUGUGGAUGAGAACCCUGAGGGCGAAUGGUAUACAGAAGAGUAUUGCCAGCAAUGCUGCAGCAGAGUAUCCUGUGGGAAUGUAAUAAAAAUACGGUUAAAUGUCACUAUCACAGUGAGGCAUUUCAUAACACUUGCUGAUUCCGAGAAAAAAGUCAGUCAUUGGAUGAUAUAAUAUAAAAAUCAUCUGCAAGACCCAAUGGCGCAAAUCCGACAUCAAGGACGACAUUCGAGGGAGGACUCAGCACCACCAGGCAAUAGUCACUCAACAAAUCAACAAUCUGACUUGAGUUUCUUCACAUCUAUCGACGAGGCCACCAAGACAUGGCUGAAGAAUUUACAUCAUAUCUGGGAUCUCUGGAAAGAGAGCGAAGCUGUGACAAAAACUCUUUAUGAUUAUUUCGAUACAGCGCCAAAUCCUUAUCUAAGCACUUUGCGUCUUCUGGUUAACACAGCAGAUUUUAAUAAUAUAAAACCAAAAGCUUCCCUCGCCCUGACAGUAAUGAAUGACUUCCGGAAAUGGCUUUCUGUCCAAAAGGCAAUGUACACCGAGUGUUUAGUUCCUGAUUUGAAAUUAGCAGCUCUGAGACUAGUGAUGAAGCAGAAGAGCAUGAAACUAGUGGAAUUAGUCUCGAACGCCUACGAGUUGGAGACUAAUAAUGAGUUAUUUCUUCCUUUUUUGAAGGGCAUGCUGCAUGAGAAAAAGUACAAAGAAGUGGCACAAUAUGCAACAAUUCUACACCUCGAGUCCCACUUCUCCCAUCCUGAGGUUCUCCUCUUACCUCUAAUCCUCCAAACGAAGAACACAAUUGCUGAGGACUUCAUGGCGUCUUGUCCAGAGAUCCAAAAAUCCUUCAUAGUCUACCUGGACGAUCUGCUCUCGCCAUCGAAGAUAAUGCAGCAUGUUCUGGACGAUUAUAUAACAUCCAACGAUAUCCCAGAUGUGAAGAUGUCGACCUGUCACUCUCGACCAAUGAUGAAACUCAUCGCUCGUCUAAUUAAAGAUUACAAUUUUUCCUCCGAAAUCUGUCCAAACUUGAAUCGAAAGAGAGGAGAAAGUGCAUUGCACUUCCUCAUCUACAAAAGAUUCGUCGACGGGACCUUGAGCUCGGAAUGCUGGAGGGAAAUGGCCAGGGAGGCGGUGGGAAAUGAUCCAAGGCUUCAACUGAGCCUAGUGUCAGGGAUAACCUCCUACGACAUCGACGAGGCCCUGUACUGGGCGAGAACUUUUAACAUUCCCGAAGAUCAACUACCGUUGGCUAUAGCCGGCCUCAAUGCCCAAGUACCCCAGCAAUCCGCGCCCCAUGAGCCUGAGGAAUCCUGGGACGAGCCCCAAGAUGGUAUCGCUUACCACACACUGAAGAUUCCCAGGGAUCGAGUCAAACUGGUGGACUCUCCUCAGACUUUCUCACAGUUCAUCAAUCAGGAAAUGAGAGGGAUUACCAUGGUGGGGAUCGAUGCUGAGUGGAAGCCCUCAUUCGGUGUGAAGAAAAGUGAAUUGGCAGUUAUACAAGUGGCUACAGAAAAUGCUGUGUUCAUUCUGGAUGUGACGACGUUGAGACCUGAAAAUUCCGAGAUAUGGAAACAGUUGAGUGUAAAACUCCUCGGGAAUCGAAGUAUUGUUAAAAUAGGUUUCGGACUAACUCACGACAUAACAAUGUUCAAAGAGUCACUGCCAGCACUGGGGGAAAUCCGAGUAGGGCAGUCCGGCUUCCUGGACCUCCAGCAUCUGUGGCAUAAGCUAGCGACGGAGUACAAAUUGAAUCUUGAGUUUCAGGGAGAUCAGAAUUUCAAUAGAGGGAGUUUGAGUAAAUUGGUAGAGAUCACUCUUGGAAAUCGAUUAAACAAAAACGAUCAGUUUUCCAAUUGGGAGAGGAGACCCUUGAGAGAGAGUCAGAUAAUCUAUGCAGCUUUGGAUGCCUAUUGUCUGCUGGAGGUGUGGGACAAACUCGCGGGGAUUUGUCUUGCGAGGGAAAUUCCCUUCUUCGAGAUAUGUGGGGAGCUGCAGCAUCUCCCUCAUCAGUCUCCCUGCAAACCUAUGAAGAAAACUAAGGAGCAGGCGCAAGGGGGCAACUCCAAAGAUACUGGAGGAAUGGGAGAGCAGGGAAAGAUUGAUGGAGAGGGCUUUGGGAGGAGUAUACCUGCUCAUCAGUGGAGGGUCGUCUGUGAUUCUAUGCUAUGCGGGUUGGCUAAGCAACUUCGCAUGUGUGGCUGUGACUGCGUUAAUAUUGAAUUCGAUAGAGGUGGGCAUCAAUCCGCACGUAUAGCUGGAAAUGAAAAGAGAGUGCUUCUGACACGACAUGCAAAUCAUCAGAAGUUGGCGGAACUUGCUGAUUUAUCUCCCGAAAAUUGUUACAAAGUUCUCAAUGACAAACCUGAUUGUCAAUUACAAGAGGUGCUGAGUCAUUUCAAUAUCAAACUCACGGAGGAGGAUAUAUUCAGUCGUUGUCAGAUAUGCAAUGGCGAUGAAUUUAUUUUAUUGUCAAAUAAUACUCUCUGGGAUUUAAUGAGAAGAUUUGGAAAUCGUGAAAAUCACUCAAAUCCACCGAGGGGUAAUCCUCGUUAUGACAGCGAUCGUUACGUGAUGGAGAGCUCAUCGAGAAAUACACCAGCUGAGACCAGGAGCAAUCGUCCUUGGUCACUAUCAACAAACACGUUGAAUGCGGCAAACUGCACGACAAAGUAUGGUGCGAAAAUUCAAGUGAAGAAGGUACCAAGAAGUGUUCUAAAAUCAGUUCCUCAGUUUUACGUGUGCGAGGGCUGUGGCAAGGUAUAUUGGGAUGGCCCACACCUGGAGCGAACUUUGAAUGGAAUAUUGAAGGACAUUAUCAGUCGAAAUUGAGGAGUAGUUCAAUGAAUUGUUAUGGAAGUUUCUCAUGAACGUUAACCCUUUACCUUCUCCAUAAAAAUUCCGCUCCAAAUAUUUUGGCUUAACCAAGAUAGAUAUUUAGGCUUCAAUAAGUACUUUAAAAACCCCAACUAAAGCUUCCAUUUAGGAAUUAACUACAGGCACUGCAUGAAUUUUUUUUUUAUUUUCUAAUGGAAAAAUUGAACGAAAAAUGAUAGAUGUAUAUUUUUUAAUUUUGAUCAAUGGAUAAAAAAUCAUCAUUUUCUCAGUUUUCGAUUGUUCCAGUAUUUUUCAGAAUGAAAAAAUAUUAAUUUGACAUUUUUCAUUCAAUACUGAAGGUUCGUUAUUAUUUUGAAAGAGUCAU